CGAUUAUCAUUUUUCACAGAUUUUGCUGGCUUCAAACUUGGUCUGUACCAUCGCUCUUCAUCAUCGGUCAGAUCGAUCUCUCUAUGCACCGAGCCAGCUAAAGGAUUCGUAGAUCUCCGGUUCCGAACAGAUAGAACCGUAACUUGGGCUCAAUUCCGGUCGGCCAUGGCUCCUCCGGUGCAGUCUCAGCGGUCUCCCUCACCGUCUCAACCGUCCGGAAAAGGAGAAGUCUCCGACUUGAAAUCACAGCUCCGGCAGCUUGCGGGAAGCCGAGCUCCAGGCGUUGAUGAUUCAAAGCGGGAUCUCUUCAAGAAAGUGAUCUCCUACAUGACAAUUGGCAUUGAUGUCUCUUCUCUUUUCGGGGAGAUGGUGAUGUGCUCGGCAACAUCCGACAUUGUUUUGAAGAAGAUGUGUUAUCUCUAUGUCGGGAAUUACGCAAAAGUCAAUCCUGAUCUUGCACUUUUGACUAUCAAUUUCCUUCAAAGAGAUUGCAAGGAUGCGGACCCGAUGAUACGAGGGCUCGCGUUGAGGAGCUUGUGUUCACUACGAGUGGCAAAUCUUGUGGAGUAUUUGGUGGGGCCCUUGGGAUCAGGAUUGAAGGACAAUAGUGGUUACGUAAGAACCGUAGCAGUAAUGGGCGUUUUGAAAUUGUAUCAUAUAUCGGCUUCAACAUGUGUAGAUGCAGAUUUUCCUUCAAUACUAAAGGAUUUGAUGCUUAAUGACUCAGAUGCUCAGGUGGUCGCAAAUUGUUUAUCCGCCCUACAAGAGAUUUGGAGCUCAGAAGCAAGCACCUCUGAGGAAGCAUCCAGGGAGAGAGAAGGUUUGCUUAGCAAGCCAAAUGUUUACUACUUAUUGAAUCGGAUUAAGGAAUUUAGUGAAUGGGCCCAAUGUCUUGUACUUGAGUUGGUUGUUAAAUAUGUACCCUUAGAUAGCAGUGAGAUAUUUGACAUCAUGAAUCUACUUGAAGAUAGACUUCAGCAUGCAAAUGGUGCUGUAGUAUUGGCAACCAUCAAAGUGUUUCUACAGUUGACUUUGUCCAUGACUGAUGUUCAUCAGCAGGUAUAUGAACGUAUUAAAGCCCCUCUCUUAACCCUAGUGAGUUCAGGAAGUCCAGAGCAAUCAUAUGCGGUUUUAAGCCACCUGCAUAUCUUGGUGAUGCGUGCACCAUUUAUAUUUUCUUCAGACUACAAACACUUCUAUUGCCAGUACAAUGAGCCAUCUUAUGUCAAAAAAUUGAAGCUUGAAAUGUUGACCGCAGUGGCAAACGAGAGCAACACUUAUGAAAUUGUGACGGAAUUAUGCGAAUAUGCUGCAAAUGUUGAUAUUCCUAUUGCAAGAGAGUCAAUCCGGGCUGUUGGGAAAAUAGCACUGCAGCAAUAUGAUGUGAAUGCAAUUGUUGAUAGGCUUCUUCAGUUUCUGGAGAUGGAAAAGGACUAUGUGACUGCUGAAGCUCUGGUGCUUGUAAAAGAUCUGCUAAGGAAAUAUCCACAAUGGAGUCAUGAUUGCAUUGCAGUUGUUGGAAAUAUUAGCAGCAAAAAUGUUCAAGAACCCAAGGCCAAGGCAGCUCUUAUCUGGAUGUUGGGGGAAUAUUCUCAGGACAUGCAUGAUGCUCCUUAUAUAUUAGAGAGUUUAAUUGAAAAUUGGGAUGAAGAACAUUCUGAUGAGGUUCGCUUACAUCUUCUCACAGCAGUAAUGAAGUGUUUCUUCAAGAGGCCACCUGAGACUCAGAAAGCUUUGGCAGCUGCAUUGGCUGCAGGUCUUGCUGAUUUCCACCAGGAUGUUCAUGACAGAGCCUUGUUAUACUACAGGCUUUUGCAAUACAAUGUCUCUGUUGCAGAACGUGUGGUGAACCCUCCAAAGCAAGCUGUUUCAGUAUUUGCUGAUACUCAGAGCAGUGAAAUCAAAGACCGCAUAUUUGACGAAUUUAACAGUUUGUCUGUUGUGUACCAGAAGCCAUCCUACAUGUUUAUUGAUAAGGAACACCGUGGACCAUUGGAGUUUUCCGACGAACUUGGAAAUGUAUCCAUUGGCACAGAAUCAGCAGGUACUGUUGUUCCAGUUGUUCCAGUUGAGGCAAAUGACAAGGAUCUGCUUUUAAGUACUUCAGAGAAGGAGGAAAGUGGAGGUCCUAGUAACAAUGGAUCUGCAUAUAGUGCUCCUUCAUAUGAUGCUUCAUCUGUGUCUGCUGCUGCUUCACAAACGCUAUUAGAACUAGAAAUUUCAAACCCCACUGUACCAGGGCAUGCUUCACAAUCUAGCCUUGCGAUUGAUGACCUCCUUGGUUUAGGUCUACCAGUAGCACCUGCACCUGCACCUACUCCUUCAUCCCCUCCUUUGACGCUUAAUUCAAAAGCUGGUCUAGAUCCAAGCACUUUUCAGCAAAAAUGGCGCCAACUGCCAAUAUCAUUAUCACAGGAAUAUUCUGUUAGUCCUCAAGGAGUUGCAGCAUUGACAGCACCUCAAGCUCUCCUCCGGCACAUGCAAGGACAUUCCAUCCACUGCAUUGCAUCAGGUGGUCAAUCCCCUAACUUCAAGUUCUUCUUCUUCGCACAAAAAGCAGAGGAAUCAUCCACAUUUCUUGUAGAGUGUGUAAUCAACACGUCAUCCGCUAAAGCACAAAUGAGGAUCAAAGCUGAUGAUCAAAGUGUAUCCGAGGCCUUCUCAGCUUUGUUUCAAUCAGCUUUCUCCAAAUUUGGUAUGCCGUAAGGAUCUAAAUAUAUCUCUUUCAGGGCUCAACAGAAAAUAGGUUAUUUCCUAUGUUUAUAGAGGAAACUCCCCUCUCUCUUGGGAAGAAGCUGGAGAUGAAAUAAAAGAGUGGUAAAAGAGCCCUCCUCUUUAGCAGUAGAUCAGUUUAUGAUACAAUUGAAGAUUAGCUUUCUCCUUUCUUUUUCCAACCCACACCAUAGUUCCUGCAUUAACCAAACCCAACCUCUCUGGUCUGGACCUCCAUGCAGGGCAUUUUCUUCCAGGAACGCAAGUCAAUUGUUUGAGUUGUGCAGUUAGGCUAGUUUUUUUUUUUUUUUUUUUUUUUUGUAAGAAUUUUUCUUGUACCAUGAUGUGGAGCUGGGCCAAAGAGUUUUGUACUUUCUUGUAUCAAAAAUUUUCUGUUCU